AUGGAGGCGCUGCUGCGGCGCGAGCUGGGCUGCGGCUCCGUCAGGGCCACGGGCCACGCGGGCGGCGGCUGCGUCAGCCAGGGCCGCAGCUACGACACGGACCGCGGGCGCGUGUUCGUGAAGGAGAACGGCCGGGCGGAGGCCAGAAGAAUGUUCGAGGGGGAGAGGGCGGGGCUGACCGCCAUCCUGGACACGGGCACGGUGAGGGUGCCCAGGCCCCUGGCGGUGCUCGGCGCCCCGGGCGGCGGCUGCGCGCUGGUGAUGGAGCACCUGGACAUGCGGCCGCUGAGCAGACACGCUGCGCAGCUCGGAGGCCAGCUGGCGGACCUCCACCUGGACAACAAGAAGCUUGGGGAGGCGCUGCAGAAGGGGGCCGGCACAGUGGGGCAUGGCGGCGGCCAGGCGGAGCGGGCCUUCGUGGACCAGUUUGGGUUCAGCGUGGUGACCUGCUGCGGAUACCUGCCCCAGGUCAACGACUGGCAGGAGGACUGGGUGGCAUUCUACGCCCGGCAGCGCAUCCAGCCCCAGAUAGACAUGGUGGAGAAGGGGUCUGGGGACAGGGAGGCCCUGGAGCUCUGGGCCGCCCUGCAGCUGAAGAUCCCCAGCCUGUUCCGCGGCCUGGACAUCGUCCCCGCCCUGCUCCAUGGGGACCUGUGGUCCGGAAACGUGGCUGAGGACGCCUCUGGGCCCGUCAUCUUUGACCCGGCCUCUUUCUACGGCCACUCAGAGUACGAGCUGGCGAUCGCCGGCAUGUUUGGGGGCUUCAGCGGCUCCUUCUACUCUGCCUACCACGCCCGAAUCCCCAAGGCCCCUGGGUUCGAGAAGCGCCUGCAGCUGUAUCAGCUCUUCCACUACCUGAACCACUGGAAUCAUUUUGGGUCGGGCUACAGAGGGUCCUCCCUCAACAUCAUGAGAAACCUCAUCAAAUGAGCUGCUCCGGGAGCUCUCAUCAAAUGAGGGCUCCAGCAGCCACCGUCCCUGCAGUCCUGCCCCGGGGCUUCCGGGUUCUCCACGCACCCGGCCGCCUCGCCCGACUGCCCAGGCCUUGCAGAGCGCGUGACAUCUCAGAAGGGCUGCACGGGGCCGCCGCUGCCCUGCACCUUUCCAGGCCCACCCCGCCGCGUCUGCAGAGUUGACUGGCGUCCAGGGCAAUGCUUCUAGGUCAGAGGUCUGGACGCCGCCGCUGAGGGGAGCCCUGCUCGUGACCGGGCCCAGGCCCGAGCCCUUCCCUUCCUCGUCCCUCCCCACCUGUCCUGCCCACGCAGCCUGGCCGUGGGCUCCAGGAGGGACCAAUCCCUGGGCACCUUUGCUAACCCUAACCCUGCGCGUCUGUGGUUUCCUAGCACCCCCUGCGCCUGCCACCCAACAUCCGUGCCCCAAGCCCCCCCAGUGCUGUGUCCCUUGAUUCUACCCUCGAUGCCACACCCCCACACCCCCAUGCCGUGUUCCCCCUGCCCUGCCCUCGCAGAGACGAGCAGCGACCGGCCCGUGCGUCACCAGGGAACCGUGUGAAGGGUGAAUGAGCCUUCUGGGCUCAGGCUGACCCCCAGGUGGGGCUUUGCGGCUUGCCAGACGCCUCUGGAUCCCGCUGUGACAAUAAACAGGCCCUGCGUGGUUUCUUGAAAGUGAUGCUCGCUUGACUUUCCAGGGAGCGAAUCCAGAGCGGGAAAGGGCCGGGCAGGGCUGGCUCG